CACAGAGGAAGAUGCGCAAGAGAAAGCUAAAAAUAAGGGAAAGUAGCUUAAUUAGAGAUAGUCAGGAACCGCCGGCCGGCGCCCAUUAGAUCGAAGAGGAAAAUGAGGCUAUGGAAAAGGGCGGCCGGGGCUCUUAAAGACCGGAACAGCAUAUGGAUGGCGAGCAUAUCUAGGAGGACGCCGUACCGGAACCCGGAUCUUGAGGCGGUGGUCAUCAAGGCCACCAGCCACGACGAAUCCUACGUUGACUACAAGAACGCUCAAAGGGUCUUUCAAUGGGUGCGUACAUCUGCGAUAUACUUGAGACCUUUGAUGUGGGCGCUGUCGAUGCGAAUGGAGAACACCCGGAGCUGGGCAGUCGCUUUAAAGGGCUUGAUGCUCAUGCAUGGCGUUUUCCAUUGUAAAACCCAGGCCGUACAAAUGAUUGGCAGGCUGCCAUUUGAUCUAUCAAAUUUCAGAGAUGGUCACUCCAAUAUCGGCAAGACAUGGGGAUACAAUGCUUUCAUUCGUGCUUAUUUUCUGUUUCUAGACCAGAAGUCUGCGUUCAUGGCAUCGGAGAUGAAGCUUCAAAAAGGAAGUAUCAGAGAGACGGAGGAACCGUUUACAGAGGAGCUCACGAGGUUACAAAAAUGGCAAUCUUUGCUUGAUGUGCUGCUUCAAAUCAAGCCACCGGCUGAGUGUAUGAUCGUCACUCUUAUUCUUGAAGCCAUGGAAUGUGUAGUCGUAGAGAUUUUCGAGGUUUACAGCAGAGUCUGCAGCGGGAUCGCGCAGGCACUGUUGAAGGUAUACGAGGCUGGUGGGAAGGCUGACGCAGAAAUUGCGCUCAAAGUUCUCCAAAAGGCAAGAGUGCAAGGUGAAGAACUCGCCACAUAUUUUGAGUUUUGCAGGGAAAUCGGUGUCAUUAACGCGUCGGAAUUCCCAAAGGUUGAGCAAAUCCCAGACGAAGAUAUUAGAGAUCUCGAGCGAAUAAUCAAUAAUGGGGUUUUCAAGGGGAAGAACUUGGAUAGUAAUGGCAUGCAGCCGGAGGACAAGGCCAUCGUGUUGAAAGAAAGUGGUGCCAUUGUUGAAGGAAGGAAAUCAAGCAGAGCUUUGAAAACAAUAAUUACUGAGAAAUGGGAAGUUUUUGAAGAGGAUUUGAAGUUCAAUGGGGUAGGGAAUUCCUCUGAUAUUACAACUACUGCAGCGAGAGAAGACACACCACAUUAUUAUACACCCACUUUAACUGCAUUACCGCUUCUACUUGCUUCUAAUCCAUUUAUUCAAGAUUUAAUUAGUUUAUAGAAGUUGGAAUAUUGAGAUUAAUUUGCUUUCCUGAAGGAUAAUUUUUUGUC